GCAUCAUUUUCCACAAAGGCGUGUUGACAUGGUUCUUGAAUAUGAACGGGUUUCAAGAGCGGACUCAAUGAGUGAAACCCAUUCCUCUGCGGACUAGACUGAGGUGAUCGCAUUCCAGUGCUGCUGGAGAGGACGCAGUGACAGCGGAUCUGUCUAAUCACCGGACAUCGACACGCAUCCACCACGGGGCACUCAGCUUGACUCCUCUGCUAUCCAGGGCAAAAUGCGUCUGGUUCUGUUCGCCUUCCUCAUCUCGUGCUCCUGUGCGAGAGGCGGAUGCGAACCCAAGACUGUGAAUAUCGGGGCUGUCCUGAGCCAGAAGAGAUAUGAACAAGUGUUCAAAGACGCUGUCACCCAAGCCAACAACAUAUACGGCAAAGAUAAGUUCAAGAUGAACGCUAUUUCUGUCACCCAUAAGCCAAACGCCAUCCAGAUGGCACUCUCCGUGUGUGAGGAUCUCAUCUCUAACCAGGUGUAUGCGAUCUUGGUGAGCCACCCACCCCAGUCCAACGACCAUCUGACUCCCACUCCAGUGUCCUACACAGCUGGUUUUUACCGUAUCCCUGUAGUGGGCCUCACCACCCGCAUGUCCAUCUACUCCGAUAAGAGCAUCCACCUCUCCUUCCUGCGCACGGUGCCACCCUAUUCCCACCAAGCCCAAGUGUGGUUUGACAUGAUGCGUGAGUUCCAGUGGAAUCACAUCAUCCUGAUUGUGAGUGAUGACCACGAGGGCAGAGCGGCACAAAAAAGACUAGAAACCCUGCUGGAGGAGAGGGAGACGAAGAGUAAAAACAGGAACUAUGAAAACCUCGACCAACUGUCCUUUGACAACAAGCGAGGACCCAAGGCAGAGAAAGUGCUCCUGUUCAGCCAAGACACAAAUCUGACGGCUCUGCUCCAGGAAGCCAAAGAGCUAGAGGCCCGAGUUAUCAUCCUUUCUGCAAGUGAAGACGAAGCCGCAGCCAUUUACAAAGCGGCACGCCAGCUCAAUAUGACAGGCCCUGGUUAUGUGUGGCUGGUUGGAGAAAGGGAGAUGUCUGGUAAAGCACUGAGUGAAGCCCCAGAUGGUUUGCUCGGCCUUCAGCUUAUCAAUGGCAAGAACGAGUCUGCACACAUCUACGAUGCCGUGGCUGUGGUGGCCCAGUCCAUUCAGGAGCUCUUUGAGAAGGAGAAUAUCACAGAGCCUCCUCGAGGCUGUGUUGGCAAUACAAACAUCUGGAAGACUGGCCCACUCUUCAAACGAGUGCUGAUGUCAUCCAAGUAUCCAGAUGGCCUGACAGGCCGCGUGGAGUUUAAUGAUGACGGAGACAGGAGGUUCGCCCACUACAGCAUUCUGAACUACCAGAAAACCCGGCUGGUGCAAGUGGGCGUCUACAAUGGCUCGCAAGUUGUAAUGAACACUCAGAGGAAGAUUAUUUGGCCAGGAGGAGAGACUGAAAAGCCAAAAGGGUAUCAAAUGUCAACAAGAUUGAAGAUUGUCACCAUUCAUCAAGAGCCCUUUGUCUAUGUGAAACCAACACUACGAGAUGGAACAUGUAAGGAAGAGCACACUGUAAAUGGAGUCCUGAUCAAAAAAGUGAUCUGCACUGGCCCUAAUGAGACCAUUCCAGGUCGCCCCAUAGUGCCUCAGUGCUGCUAUGGGUUCUGCAUUGACCUUUUGAUCAAACUUGCAAUGACAAUGAACUUCACCUAUGAAGUGCAUCUAGUGGCUGAUGGCAAAUUUGGCACUCAGGAGCGUGUAAAUAACAGCAACAAGAAGGAGUGGAAUGGCAUGAUGGGAGAGCUCCUGAGUGGCUUGGCAGACAUGAUUGUGGCUCCACUUACAAUCAACAAUGAACGAGCCCAGUAUAUAGAGUUCUCGAAACCGUUCAAGUACCAGGGGCUCACAAUACUUGUCAAAAAGGAAAUACCACGCAGUACGCUGGACUCGUUCAUGCAGCCUUUUCAGAGCACUCUGUGGUUACUGGUGGGUCUAUCGGUCCAUGUUGUGGCGGUGAUGCUCUACCUAUUAGACCGUUUCAGCCCGUUUGGAAGGUUUAAAGUAAAUAGUGAAGAGGAAGAAGAAGAUGCCCUCACCUUAUCCUCUGCUAUGUGGUUCUCCUGGGGUGUACUUCUGAACUCCGGCAUUGGAGAAGGUGCCCCUCGGAGCUUUUCAGCAAGGAUUUUAGGUAUGGUGUGGGCUGGUUUUGCUAUGAUUAUAGUUGCAUCUUAUACUGCCAAUUUGGCAGCCUUCCUAGUGCUGGAUCGGCCUGAGGAGCGCAUUACCGGCAUCAACGACCCUAGGCUGCGAAACCCAUCAGACUGUUUCAUCUACGCCACAGUGAAGCAGAGCUCUGUGGACAUUUACUUCCGGCGCCAAGUUGAGCUAAGCACCAUGUACCGCCACAUGGAAAAGCACAACUACGAGAGCGCUGCUGAAGCCAUCCAGGCCGUGCGAGACAACAAACUCCACGCGUUUAUAUGGGAUUCAGCAGUGUUGGAGUUUGAGGCCUCGCAGAAAUGUGACCUGGUCACCACAGGCGAGCUGUUUUUCCGCUCUGGAUUCGGUAUCGGGAUGCGUAAAGACAGCCCAUGGAAGCAAAAUGUCUCACUGGCCAUCCUCAGUUCCCAUGAGAAUGGCUUCAUGGAGGACUUGGAUAAAACCUGGGUCCGUUAUCAGGAGUGUGACUCCAGAAGCAAUGCACCAGCCACGCUUACUUUCGAAAAUAACUGGUUUGUCCAAGUCAUGUGA